AGUUGUAACAUUUUAAUUAAUUUACCUUUCUCCACAUUGCACCUCCUGCAAUGUCACUAUUACUAAUUCUCCACAUCGUGAUGACUAUGCUGAAACAAUAUAUUAUAAAGUCCUAGCUUAGCAACUUUUCACCUGUACUUUUCACUUCUGGACUUCAGUUAUGGCUCAGCCUCCUGAGAUGGAGUACUGUGACUGGGUUACUGACUGCAGGACGUGGUUUGUUAUUUAAAACUGCCUGGGUGAAGCUCAGGUAAAGGAGAUAUGGAUGACCCUGAUGCUCCCUACUUAGCCUUUAAUGACUUGAACAGUAAUGGGGGCUUGCUGUGGUCUGACGCUCUGGCCCGGCAGGCACAGAGGGAGGUGGAGAGCUUCAGGAGAAAGCUGAAAUACUUCUUUAUGAACCCCUGUGAGAAGUACCGAGCCAGAGGCAGGAAGCCAUGGAAGCUGAUGCUGCAGAUCAUCAAGAUCGCCGUCAUCACCAUCCAGCUGGUAUCCUUUGGGCUCAGUAAUCAGAUGGUUGUGACGUUUAAAGAGGAGAACCUGAUGGCGUUUAAGCACCUGUUCCUGAAGGACUACAGCGAUCAUAGCCCAAACACAUAUGCAGUGUACACACAGGCUGAGGUCUACACACACCUCUCCCACAUUGUUGGGCAGUUUCUGAGGUUACGGAACAUAACAGUAGGGAACCAUGCGCACGAUAAGGAUGGACGUUUCUUCACUCCUCUGCUCAUCUGCCAGCAGUUCUACCACAACGGCAGCAUCUCCCCCAGCAACGAAACCUUUGAGAUCGACGCUCAGGUGGAGGAAGAAUGCCUUGAGAUUUAUCCUGUUCAGCCCUCAUCCCUGCCAGAUGCUGACCUGUCCAACUUCACACUGCAGUUUAAACGGUUGCUGGAGGUAAAUGUUUACUUCACUCUAAAAGCCAUUAACCUGCAGACGGUUCAGCACCAUGAGCUUCCUGACUGUUACGACUUCAACAUCACGAUCAGGUUCAACAACAGAGCCCACAGUGGGCGGAUCAAAGUGGAUCUGGACAAUGACGUGGACAUCAACGAGUGUAAAGACUGGAAAGUCACGGGAGCCUCACCAAAAAAGAUCUACUACACUGUGUUGUUUGAUGUCGUGAUCAUUCUGACCUGCCUGGCGUCUCUGGUGCUCUGCACACGCUCAUUGAGCACUGGAGUUCAGCUGCAGUUCGAGUACGCAGACUUCUUCGUGAAGCACUACGGUAAGCGUGUGUCCUGGUCCGAUCGGAUGGAGUUCAUUAAUGGAUGGUACAUCCUCAUUGUCAUUAGUGACAUCCUCACCAUCACGGGAUCGGUGCUGAAAAUCGCUAUCCAGCUCAAGGCCCUGACCAGUUAUGAUGUCUGCAGCAUCCUCCUGGGCACUGGCACCAUGCUCGUGUGGAUCGGAGUGCUACGCUAUAUGGGCUACUUCAAGAAAUAUAACAUUCUGAUCAUCACCCUGAGGGCAGCGUUCCCCAACGUGAUCCGGUUCUGCUGCUGCGCUGGCCUGAUCUACCUGGGCUACUGCUUCUGUGGCUGGAUUGUAUUGGGGCCUUAUCACGAAAAGUUUCGUACUCUGAACACGGUGUCCGAGUGCCUCUUCUCCCUGAUCAAUGGCGAUGAUAUGUUCGCCACCUUUAAGAACAUGCAGCAGAAGAGCUACCUAGUGUGGCUGUUUAGUCGGGUCUACCUUUACACGUUCGUCUCGCUCUUCAUCUACAUGGUGCUCAGCCUCUUCAUCACCUUAAUCACCGAUACCUACGAGACCAUCAAGCAGCAGCAGUCGGAUGGAGAGCCGGUGUCUGAGCUGCAGGCCUUUAUCUCUGAGUGUAAAGAUCACCCCAACUCUGGCUGCUAUCGUGUGGACGACCGCUCCUCUACCUGUCUCUUCUGCUGUGUACAAAGACCCAGUGACCUGCAGGAACGAGUGGAGUGUUAAAGACACGAAAGGGACGACACAAAUCACAGAUCAUUCCAGUGCUUCUUAAUCCUGGUCCUGGAGGACUCCCUGUCCUGCAGGUCUCACUCGACUAGUCUGUUAAUAACCAGAACUUUCCUGUGCUGUUCUUUGCAUGGAGAACCGGGUUCCAUCAGGGCCAGAAUUUGGAACCAACACUGGGUUCUUCCAGUUUUUGCUGUUUACAUGGACAACAUGUAAUUUAAAGACACAGGAAUACUCAGGUUGUUUUCACACAUUUUUUGAAUGACUUGAACAGUUUUUGCAGGUACCACUUGAAACUACUGGCUUAUGUAUUGAAUAAAUUAAUAUUUACCUAAUAAAUAUCAAACUGUGAAUUUUUACACAA